AUGAGAUUACCAAAAGUUUCCAUUUGGAAAGUGCUACUACUGCUUAAUUUCUUCGCCUUACAUGAAUGGCAACUUGCUUCCGCUGCAAAUUUGCCCUCUUUAUCAACUAGUACAAAGGCUAAGGAUAAUUCUAGUAAAGCCAGUUCUACUGCGAAGACAACAACAUCGUUAAGUAAAAGCUCAGCCACCAGCAAAAAUGUUGUCUCAACCCAUAAUACGACCUCCAAAAGUAAAAUGCCCAAAAUUACUUCAAGUGCUAGUACAAGUUUACAUUCAAACUCUAGUACAAGUUUAAAUUCCAACUCUAGUGCAUGGAGUAACUUCAAUGGACUUUCAACUUCAUCUAUUAUACCCUCCAGCGUUUACAUCCCAGUAACAAAUGGGAACAAAUUUAUAUAUCAGGCGCAUCACCCCAAUGGUACUGUGUUUAUUGCGUUUGCAGGUUGUUUAGGUGCAAUUUUAUUGUCAUUAACGGGUGCUUGGAUUGCACUGAGCGUAAAGUCAUGGCGAAGUGCUAGAAGGGAAAACAAGUUAAGAAACUUGGAAAAUCAAUAUCAAUACGACCCUUUCUACUUUCAAUCGGGCUCUAAUGAUGCUGAGAGUGAAACUUCUUCUCAUUCUGACGAUAGUGAUAUAUCAGAAAAAGUCAUUAAAAACAAGUCAUCUCGUAUGAGUUUGUAUACUCUAGGAUCUACAUCUGUUCUAAACCUUUUGAAUAAUAAAACAGAUGGCAACGAGAACUUUAGGUCUUCUAUGUUUAUCUCACCAACUGAAAUUCUGCAGUGUGAUGCUAACAAUUCUAAUACGUGGUCUCAGCAAAGCAACAAUAGCGCGAUAUAUGAUUCUUUGUCUAGCACUCCAAGGGAACCGGGUGCUACCCAAAUACUUGGAAAUUUUACAGAUAGCACCAAUCCAUUCGGUCACGCAGCAUACAAUUUAGAUAUUGACUCUGGAGAUCGCUCUACUCCGAAAUCCAAUGGUAGUCAAGGAAAGGUAAAAAAGUACCGUCCUCCAAGUGUUCAUCUGGACCAAUUACUUGAUGGUAGUACAUAA